GUUUCAAAACAAAAACAUUUAUUGUGUAAGAUCAUUAUUUUCAAAUAAUAUUACUACAGAUUGCUACUAUAUUCCUCUAUAUUCAAAACAAUUAAAGCAUCUGAAAAUAAGCAGUGGCUUUUAGUAAAAUGUCACAAAUUAUCUUACGACAAUCUUUGCUGCGAUUACAUCAACUGCAAGUCCUGCGUUUGAAACCGAUCAAUCGAUGUCUAAGCACAAUGCGCGCAAAGUUACAAAAAUCAGUUUCGCAACAAGAAUACGACCAUCGAACCACGAAUGAGCCAAUAAAAUACUUUGGCAGUUCUGCAGCGCGUUGGAAAGCGGAGCAUAGUCGAAGCGGUGUAGCGAACGAGGAUAUGCUAUGGUACCAGCCGUACGUAGUCAUCGCGAGUGUUGCAGUUUUUCUAAUAUACUUUUGCGUUCUUCGCGAAGAGAAUGAUAUUGACAGAGAUUUAGAAAAAUCCUUGUAUGACCAUAUCCCUAAGUUAGAGGAACAACAGUUGCUCAUGAAUUACCAUUAUAACAAGGAGCAUGGCAUAUCAACAGUUGAAAUUGAGCUACGGAUGAAGGAAUUGGGAAUGGAUAUUGAAUAAAUGUUUACGUUUACAAA